AUGGCUUCUCCACAAGCCUACGACAAUCCUGUUCUUGAAGGCCUGGCUUCAAAUAUUCCCGCGAAUCUGGGGUGUUACAUGAUUGGAUGCGUACUCAACCUUAUUCUGAUGGCCAUUCUUGGGAUGCAAGGGCUUGAUUAUUACAGUGACUUCCCCAACGACUCCACCCUCAACAAGAGCAUAGUUGGAUUUCUUAUGGUGGCCGGGCUUUUCCAGAGUGCUUGUUUUUUCGAGAUGCUCUGGACACCGCUAAUCAGUGGCUUUGGUGAUCUCAAAGUGUGGAACAACAGUUCAUGGACAUGGUGGAGCGAGCCAGUGGUCUCCUCUAUCAUCUCCGUCGUCUGUCAGUCGUUCUUUUUGAACCGCUGCUGGAGAGUGACGCGGAGCUACAUCGUUGUAGUGGUAGCCGUUACGGGUAUGACGAUAGCGCUCGCAUUUGGUAUCGCUUGUACCUAUUUCCUAUCGGAGUUCGUCCUCUUCACGGAGUCAAAUCGUAUCCAGAGCAAGAUCUGUGCCAGUUCGUGGUUAGCGUUUUCCACUGCCACGGACAUCUGGAUAUCACUUUUCCUCGUUAUUCAUCUGCUGCGCGAGCGUCGCAGACUCAAUUUCAACAGCACAGAGAUGAUUCUCGGCUCUAUACUCAACUUCACAAUGAAGACUGCGGCUUUUACUUCGGUCUGGGUGACAAUCAAUCUAAUCCUUUACGCGGGUGUCACACACAACUUCGCGUGGUCUAUUUUUCAAUUCAACUUUGGUAAGAUCUACAGUAUCUCAGUAUUAUACACACUCUUGUCGAGAAUUGACGUGAGAAAGAUACUAUCUGUUCACAACGUGCAAGUCAGUUCGAGCAGGGGGAGAUCGGGCGAGGCAGGCCAAGGACAGUCAGCAAUACACAUACGCACAGAGGUGGAGCGUGAGUAUGAGAUGGACGAUAAGCUUUCUGCGACUGUUUCUCCGGGGCUUGACAGGGCACCGUCGGCCGACACGGAAUUGGGGGUGAGCCAUAAAGGCGCAGGUCUCCAAGAUAGUAUUGUGGACGACGAUCGCUCUACUAGGGCGUUGCGUUUCAAUGGUAAUUCAUAUUAA